AUGAAGCCAAGUAAAGAAACUACUGCGGCUUCAACUAAAAAACUUCGAGCGUCAAUUGACAGUGCCGGAGAUACAAGUAGGUGCCCCAUAAGAAGAACGACAUUGAUUGUAUGCCGUACACCAGUUCUAUUAAAGUGGCAAACACAAUUAAACGAGCACAUAGAACCGGAUACGUUGAAGGUGUUUACGUAUCAUGGAUUACCACGCCCCUACGAUAUCAAGGUUGAGGAUUUUAAAAGGUACGACAUUGUUCUGACAACAUAUACUACUCUCCAGGGUACUAUAUAUAGUUCAGCUCCAGCUCUAUUGAACAUGGAAUGGUAUCGAGUUAUUUUAGAUGAGGCGCAUGUGAUUAAGAGUGUCAACCAUUAUAACAUUUGGCCUGCCUUUAGAUUAAAAGCUAAGAAUAAGUGGUUGGUUACCGGAAUGCCCAUAAUGCGUGGCGCAUACGAUAUGCAUUUUCCAAUGGCUUUCUUGAGAUUCGAACCUUUUUCUGACAAGAAGACUUGGCGAAGUCUCGUCCAGCUACCAAUCCAUAAAGGAAAGGAGAAUGGGCUAUCACGUUUGCAGGAUAUCAUGGCCACCAUUUCUUUGCGAAGAUUAAAUAGUGAUCCUCUGGUUGGACUACCGCCUAAAACUAUAGAAACUUGUUCUGUGGAACUCUCUGCUGAAGAACGAGAGAAGUAUGACCAAAUGGAAGUGGAUUAUCAGAGUGUGGUUCGAAACUAUUUGCAUCUUGGCCGGGAGGUGGCUCAUCAUACGAGUAUUGAUGGUAUUGUUCAACGACUUCGUCAAAUGUGUAACGAGGCGGCUUCUUGCCCUUCUGAACCACAUCGUUCCUACACCAUUGAAGAUGUUUCCAAGAACCCAGAAUUACUGCGGAAGAUGGUCUCAGUAUUACAAGAUGGAGAUUCUUUUGACUGCCCAAUUUGCAUAUCUCCUCUAGUCGAACCAACCAUUACAUGUUGUGCACAUAUGUUUUGCAAAAAAUGCAUAUUAAAGGCUCUCUUAAAGAAGAAACCAUGUUGUCCACUGUGCCGCCACCAUCUUUCUGAAGCAGACCUCUUCUCCGCCUCGUCUGACAAACCUUGUAAUGAAGAUGAAAAUAAUCUAUCUUCCGGCGUAAUUGCUAAUUGCUCCUCCAAAGUUUCGACCUUGUUAAAUCUCCUGGUAUCAUCUCGUAACGAGAAUCACUUAGCGAAAUCAGUGGUGUUCUCACAAUUUGGAAAUAUGUUAAGUUUACUCACUGAGCCACUAAAGGCUGCUGGAUUUGAGUCUUUGAAAUUAAAUGGAUGGAUGAGUUCGGAAAGGAGGGAUGAUAUAAUAAAAAUAUUCAAAAACUCGAAUUCAUCCAUGGUGCUUCUGGUGGACCUUAAAGCUUUGGGAAGCGGAGUACAUCUGACAAAAGUAUCAAACACGUAUCUAUUGGAGCCAUGGAUAGACCCUGCAACAGAAGAACAAGUUCUGAACCGGGUGCAUGGAAUUGUACGGAAGGAUGUCGUAAAGAUUGUAAGGCUGAUAACUAGACAUAGCAUUGAGGAGAGAAUAUUGGAAUUGCAUGAGAAAAAGAAACUAGGAAGGCUUGGAAAGAAUAUGGACCGAAGAGAAGCACGAAAUGAAGAACUCGGGUUACUCAUGGCUUUGUGA